GGGGGCAGGUCUAUCCCACAUUUACUGCUUGUUGAGACACUGUGCCAGAACACUUUUUUAUUAUUAAAGAGGGAGAGAGAGAGAGAGAGAGAGGUAGACUGCUAUGGCACAAGUUUUGAAGACAGCUCAGAGAAAGUGACCUCCUUGAGGGUUGGGAAAGGCAAGCUGACCCUGCUGGACUCUCUCACUUCUCCUCAGAGCUGUGAGGAACCUUCACCUCCCACAUCUACUCCAGAACUCUUGAACAGCCACAACUACUCUGCUACCUCACUAAGGAACACCUGGGGCUUUUUUUUAAGAUUCCCUCAAUUCUGUGUUUUUUUCCCUGCAUCCUACAACACUAGAGGACCUAUUUACAAUACCAAAGACUGUUUGGCUCUUGUGGACUAAUAUUGAACUUUUUAUUUUGGCUCCAAAUAAAAAGCUGCAGUUUUACCAAUUUAGAAAACUGUCCACAUCCCUCAGCCUAUUUGUUUCACUUAAUCAGCUUCAGUUUCUUCCAGACGUUUGCAGAGCAUCUGAGUCUGUUGUCUUUUCACAGCCUAAGCGUCUCCAAACGGACAGGUUCAUAAUUGGAGGCUUUGGGAGUAGCGUCUCUCCUGACACCAAGGACACCCAGCAGGAGAUUAACACGUGGAGAACAGAGAAAGCGAGCCGUAGAGGAUCGAGUGUGCGAGGGCAUCAGAGAGCUGUCCACAAGCUGUGAUGACUUCUUCAGGAUUCUGAGUGGAACCUGAAGAGCUACUGCUGGAGAGGGUGUGAUUGUCUGCAGCUCCCAGCUUGGUCAGGUGUGUGUUGGUGUUACCAUGGAGCUCCCUGCACUUGUCUUGGUGAUCUUACUCCUUGCGUGUGGACUUUUCCCUUCAAUGGAAGGUAGCGAUGGAGUCAUGGAGUUCGACAGCAGUGAUGAAGGCCCCGAAUCUGGGUUCCUUUCUGCCUCACGCACCCGUCGGGCCCCUGAGGACCCUCCUCAGGACAAGUGCUCCUACACCUUCAUCGUUCCCCAGCAGAAGGUCACGGGGGCCAUCUGUGUCAACUCAAAGGAGCCUGAGGCAGUUCUGGAGAAUCGGGUGAACAAGCAGGAGCUGGAACUUCUCAAUGCUGAGCUCCAUAAGCAAAAGAGGCAGAUUGAGACUUUGCAGCAGCUUGUAGAGGUCGAUGGUGGCAUUGUCAAUGAGGUGAAACUAUUGCGCAAAGAGUCGCGUAACAUGAACUCUCGUGUGACACAACUCUACAUGCAGCUACUGCAUGAGAUCAUCCGUAAACGCGACAAUGCGCUGGAGCUGUCUCAGUUGGAGAACAAGAUUCUUAACCAGACCUCAGAGAUGCUGCAGCUCACCAACCGCUACAAGGAUCUGGAGCAUAAGUAUCAGUAUUUGGCCUCGCUGGCCAACAACCAGUCAGCCGUCAUCGCUCUACUCGAGGCACAAUGUCAGAGGGGACCCCCAGUGGUGGCACCAAGGCCGCUCCCCCAGCCCCCGCCACAACCUCAGCCUAGACCCUCUCCACCCAUCAGCAAGCCAUAUCAGCCACCUACUUAUAGUCGCAACAACCAGAUCACCAAUGAGAUUCAGAGCGAUCAAAAUCCCAAAGGGCCACCACCUCCACUACCCACAAUGUCAAGUGGCACUCAAAGCCCUUUCACUACUGACAAGCCCUCAGGUCCUUGGAAGGACUGUCUAGAGGCUCUGGAUGGCGGCCACAUGAACAGUGGCAUGUUCUUGGUAAGGCCUGAAAAUACCAACAAGUUGAUGCAGGUGUGGUGUGACCAAAGACAAGAUCCUGGCGGCUGGACAGUCAUCCAAAGACGCAUGGACGGCUCAGUCAACUUCUUCAGGAACUGGGAGACUUAUAAGCAAGGCUUUGGGAACAUUGAUGGAGAGUACUGGCUAGGGCUGGAGAACAUUUACUGGUUGACUAGCCAGGGCAACUACAAGCUACUGGUGACCUUGGAGGACUGGUCUGGGCGCAAAACAUUUGCUGAAUAUGCCAGCUUCAGACUGGAACCUGAGGCUGACUUCUACAAGCUAAGAGUGGGUCAUUACCAUGGCAAUGCGGGUGACUCACUCACCUGGCAUAAUGGCAAACAGUUCACCACACUGGACAGAGAUCAUGAUGCAUACACAGGAAACUGUGCCCACUAUCAAAAGGGAGGCUGGUGGUAUAACGCCUGUGCUCACUCAAACCUGAACGGUGUGUGGUACCGGGGAGGACACUACCGCAGCCGCUACCAGGAUGGAGUAUACUGGGCAGAGUUCAGAGGAGGAGCCUAUUCUCUAAAGAAAGUAGUUAUGAUGAUCCGGCCCAACCCCAACACCUUUCAUUAAGUGGGUCACGGAUGUUGGAGGGGACCACGAAAAGUAUCCUUUUGUGCAAUUCUGAUCAGUAUCACAAAUAUGUAGACGAGCUUAAGAAGUCAGGCAGAAAAAGGAUAAGGAACUGAUGGCAAAGGCAACUUUCAUAUGACAAACGGGACACCUUGACUACAAAGGAAUUACCCUUAGUUUCUUGAGAAACGGUUGGUCUCUCUGUUCUGUUUGUCAUAAUAGUUUCCACUCUAGUCAUUUGGAGGAAAAAUGUUAGUGUCCUCACACAAUUCUGCCUUUUAUUCACCAAAAGAACAAAAGCUUGACUUCAUCUAGCCUGUACAGUUGUGCUGUUCAUCUAUAGAUUCAUCUAUUUGAGUGGGCAUAUCAAACAUGAAAUAAGGAAUUUAUGCUUUCAAAGAAAUGUACCAUGUGACAUAAGACACAGGACACAUAAUCCAGUGGCAAGACUCUUUACGUUUGUUUAAAGCAAAAGAAAAUGUUGCCUGGUGAGAUAAAUGGCUCAUUAUUUAUUUCAGGGAUUGCAAUUUUAUUGCCUGGUUUCUUGAAAUAGUGUAUUUGAGUUAUGGAUAGAUACACUGCAAUACUGUAGAACAAUUUAGCAGCUAACAUAUAGGUCCAUUAUAAUUAUAUAAUCUCAAUUUUAGUCUGAUCAAGCCAUAGAAGAAGAAGCUAGGAGGGACAGGCAUAGAACCACAAGCACGUCUACAGCAGCUGGUCAGAAAACUAAAGAACUCAGCUUCAACAGAUGUUGCCUAAACGUUAGUAUAACAGUUUGAGUAAUUAAGGCCUUCAGGCUUGCAGUGAGCUGCACCAUAUAUCUAGUACAUAUCUGGCCUUUCUUAAAGAUUUAAAGUAAAAAAAACAAGAACAAAUCCAAACCACAACAAUAAAGUACCAAUGUAACCUAAAACUGACCAGGCAAACACAAAGAAUCUCAUUUUAGUAUUACUGCUGUAUAAACGUAGCAUUAGAUCAGAUAUCUAACACAUUAAAGUGUUAGUGUUAGACUACAUUAAAGUUACAGGAAAAGGAAAAAAGUUUUCUACUGAUGAUUUCAGUUCAAGUUACAGGCAUGUCUUUAUACAAAAUAAAUACCAGUAUUAAAAUCAGGUAUUCUGCAAUGUGUUGAUUCUAGAUUUCACCAAACUUCCAGGUUUGGUGUAACUGUAAGUACUGUAUAAAUGAAAAUGUUGGAAAUCAACGGAAGACCCAACACAUUUCUGUACAUAUAAUAAUUUUGUUGAAAAUAUUUUUAAUGCAAAUGUAACAAAUGCAUCCUGUAACAUUAAACUGGUGCAAUAAAAUGUACAGCUACAAGUA